AUGGGAGUCCCCUUGUUGCCACCUGUAGCGCAUAAACACUCCCUAUUUUCUGAUCCUUUCUGCUACUUGCACCCCACAUCAGCUGCUGUGCCUCUAGCUUUCCAGAAGGUGGUUCCUGAGAAAGUAAAACACAGGUGGACUUUCCCCAGUAACCACAUGCAUUUUAUGCUAUACUCCACCAGAGACCCACAGUGGCUUCCACUGUGUUUAAGGCUACCAAAGCUGGCCUCUGGUGGUCUGCAACAUAAUGAUAGCAACAUUGGCAAGGGGAAGGGAAAUCCCUGGGCCCGGGUGGUAGGACCAUGCUGGGCCAACUGA